AUGAGCAGGAAGUUGCGCAGCAGAUGCAACUACAAUGCAUCUAAGGUUCCUACCACCCCCAAGAGGCAGGCCAACAAAUGCAAGGCUCCAAACACAGCCAGCCGCAUGGAACCCAAGAUGUUGAACAAGACCAUUGUUGAGCAAGCAAUUGUACCAGCAAGAAGAGUACAGCUCACCUUUGGCACCAUGCCCCAUGGUGCAAGAGACAUCAGGGAAUUGCAAGGACCCAGCUUGUCUGGCUACAACCAGCCAGAAUCACCAAAGUUGCAAAACCCAUUUUGGGUGAAUAUGCCUGGAUGGCGCAAGGGGCAGGUUGAGCGGAUUUGGUCUGUGGCAACUGCAAAAUCCCUGCCGCAAGUGCUGGAACCAGACUCCAACCAGUUCUAUUGUCAGCUGUAUCCCCUGAUGCAUCCAAUUAUGGCAGGAGCCUCCCUGGGGAACAUUUCACCAACCCGUGGAUAUUCUGUGUGUAUUUAUUGA